AUGGCGCGCUUGUGCGAGUGUCCUCUGCGGUUGGAGAAGAGCUUCAUCUUGGAUGGGGUGGCCGUGAGCACCACGGCUCGCUCCUAUGAGCGACUGAAGCCCAAGCUCUGGUCCGCGAUUCCGCCUUACAAUGCGCAGCAGGACUACCACACCCACCGGUACUUCAGUAGCCACGUGGUCCCGCCCAUUUUGCGGAAAACUGAUCAGGAUCACGGCGGUACGGGAAGGGACGGCUGGAUAGUGGAUUAUUUCCACAUCUUCGGGGAAGGGCAGAGAUACCUCAAUAGGAGAAGCUGGGCAGGGGCAGGGCAUUCCCUCCAGCAGGUGACUGGGCACAGCUACUACAAUACUGACCUGAAAACGAACAGGGGGUUCAAUGGCCGGUUUGGCUACCGCAGGAACACCCCAGCCCUCCGCCAGCGCUCGUCCGACUUUGGAGAGGUCACCCCAUUUCCUCUCUUUUAA